GAGGAUGACCUGUGAAGUGUUCAUCCAUGCAAAGCAGAGGGACAGAGAAAAAAGUAAAGCAAAUUAUCCGAUUGAUUCAGGCAAAUGACCUCCCCACCUUCAGCUUUCAUAUGAAUUGUAGAGCUUUCCAAACCUUAGUCAGUCAGGAAAUGGCCAUAAUGAAUCUGUUUCUAAUUGAAAGGUUGUUCCCAUAUAAAAUAAAUGGACAUAGGUGUUUUGAUCAGAUAGGUGAAAACAGGCGAGGAAAGGAAUAAAUCACUUACCCAGGCACAGACAUACCAGACAGAGAUAUUGCAGGCUCUGUUCCAGGCCGCAGCCAUAAAGCAAGUCACAUGAGUUUGGGGGUUUCUCAAAGAAGAACAAAGGCAUGCGUACCCUGUGCUAAGUGUGCGAUAGCAUUAUGCAAAAGUUUGAAAUACUGUGAGCAUUACCAAAAUGUGCCACAUGGCCACGAAGUGAGCACAUGCUGGUGGGAAAGUGGCAGGGUAGACUUGCUUUAAACGUUCCACUUGUUUAAAACAAAACAAACAAACAAACCCAGGGCUGUGAAGUGCAAUAAAUCGAAGUGGAGUAAAGCGAGGUGUGCCUCCCCCAUUGGCUUUUGUUUCCUAAGAGAUUUAUCUCCAUACUGUUAAGAAAAUCCUGAAACACUCUCCGCCCCCCACUUCUAAGAGGAUCAAUUUGUUGGAAUUGCCUUAGUUGGAAGAAGCCAACGUGGUAUCUUGAAUUGGUGACCCAAGUUGAGUUUCCAGCUACGCCAUGUCAGAGGCAGUGGUGCACAGCUAGCUGCAGACUGGCCUCCUAAGGACGCCCUCCAAAGAGAUCUCAGGGCUCUGGGUGGUAGUAUCAAGUCAGUCUGCGCGACGGCCUUGGGAGCUUUGUUUUAAAAUGCUUCCUCUGUUGCUGCUAAGACAUAGCCAGGUUUGCUAACCCCUGAGUUGCAUAUUCAAUUUAGGUACUUCGGCCAUUUUGCCCUGAAACUUGGAUAAAUCUAUACAUGUAUUGGAGCCUUGGUAGUGUAACCGGUUACUUGUCGUUCUGCAAAUCACAAGGUUAGCAGUUCAAAACUACUAGCCUCCCUGUGGGUGAAAGAUGGCCUUUCUACUUCUGUCAAGAGUUAAUAUCGCCUGGGAACCCCCCGGAGAAGGCAGGUCUAGUCUGCCCUAUAGGGCCCACUCCCAGUCAGGAUUAACUUGAUGGCAGUGAAUUUGGUUUUUGAGUGUACAUUUGUUGAAGCUUUUGAUGAAAACAAGUGUCGACUGGUUAUUUCUGACUUGCUAUUCAUAAUUUGUUUUAAGUUCUGUUUCAUAUAUUUGCAUAUCUGUUGUAUGCUACUUUAACAUGGUUGGUUUAAAAAAAAAAACAAAAUUGCCAUUUCCUCUGAAUGUUGUUUUGAACAUUUUAUGUAAGCUAUUUCAUGUGUUCUUUUUUGUGGAAAACAGAAAAACUAUUGGAUUUUUCUAAUCCGGUUGCUGGAAGGACAAAUAACAUAGAUACAUAAAUGAUUCAGGGUCUUGAGUGGACAAGGUUGUCUGAGAUAUUGGGAAUCUUUUCAACUGUAAUUUAGGGACUUGAAUCCAGCUAUUGAAUACUCAUAUAUCACAUCAUCUAAAUGUUUAUGACUUUGACCAUCUGGUAUAUGUGAGACAUUUUAAAAUUCAAGAGUAGUGGGCCAGUGGAGCUAAUCCUCCCAGAUUUUAAUGUUUACAAAUGAUCAUUGCCCUCUAUUAAAAUUAGUGAUGCAGAACUAACUGUUCCCUCACCUCAGCUCUUUGUUGUACUACAACCCCCUUGCCCUCACUUCCUCGCACCUGCCCCCUACCCACCCCCCUUCUCCUAAAUGCCAGCCAACACCAAUCUCUUCUCCAUUUGCAUAGUUUUGUUAAUCUAAAAAUGGUGUAUACAUGGAAUUGGGAUCUUGGUGGGUUGCUUUCUUCCUUUUUCCCACUCAGCAUAGUUCGCCGAUGUCCAUCCAAGUUAUUCCAUGUGCCAAUCACCCAUUCCCUUUUAUCGCUGAAUAGUAUUCCAGGGACUGGAUAAGCUAUGAUUUACUUAACCAUUUGCCCACCGAAGAAAAUCUGAAUUGCUUGCAAUUUUUUUCUACUACAAACCAAUCUGCUGUGAAUAUUGAUGUACCAAGAACGGGUGAAGGAGCGCCUCAGCACCCAUCCAUCGUUGGGUGUAUGUCCACGCUGGGAGUGGAGCUUGGGUGACAGCAUCUUGGGGAGGUGGGGGGUGGCAGGCAUGUUUUUCCAGCUUCAUUUACUGAAGAUAGGGAAAAGCUCUCCUUACAGGUCUGAAUCCUCAGACAAAAUCCCAAGAGGACUCCUGGGCCAUCUCGCAGUGGAUGCUUCCUGUUCCCGAGCAGCCAGCCUGGUGUUCCUGGAGAUGUCCCAGCUCUAGGGAUGCAAGUUAUCUUCCUGCUCCUGGGAUUUCAUCUGGGCCUCAGCUUGACACUGCUGAUCAUCUGGGAUGUGGACACCCAGGAAACACAACUAGUGGCGACUGAGAGGCCCCAGACCAUCAUGCUGCCUCUGUCCUGGUCUGAGGUCCAGCUGCAGUGGCUCUGCUGAAGCACCCAGCACCCUGCUUCCGGCCGUGCUUAAAUGGCACAGCCGCUGGUCAGCAAAUCUGAAAAGGAAGGUGUGAGAGUUCAAACCCAUGGCCACCUACCCCUGCCGACUAUGUGGCAAGACAUUCCUCACCCUGGAGAAGUACACCAUUCACACCUAUUCUCACUCCAGGGAACGGCCUUACAAGUGCCUGCAGCCAGACUGUGGUAAAGCCUUCGUUUCCAGAUAUAAACUGAUGAGACACAUGGCUACCCACUCGCCCCAGAAAUCUCACCGGUGUGCUCACUGUGAGAAGACCUUCAACCGAAAAGAUCACCUGAAGAACCACCUCCAGACCCAUGACCCCAACAAGAUGGCCUUUGGGUGUGAGGAGUGUGGGAAGAAGUACAACACGCUGUUGGGCUACAAGAGGCACCUGGCCCUCCAUGCGGCCAGCAGUGGCGACCUCACCUGCGGGGUCUGUGCCUUGGAGCUAGGGAGCACGGAGGUGCUGCUCGACCACCUCAAAGCCCACGCCGAGGAGAAGCCGUCCACCGGAGCCAAGGAGAAGAAACACCAGUGCGACCACUGCGAGCGGUGCUUCUACACCCGGAAAGAUGUGCGGCGCCAUCUGGUGGUCCACACAGGUUGCAAGGACUUCCUGUGCCAGUUCUGUGCCCAGCGAUUUGGGCGCAAAGACCACCUCACCCGACACACCAAGAAGACGCACUCCCAAGAGCUGAUGAAAGAGAGGCUGCAGAAUGGAGACCUGGGCACCUUCCACACCAUCUCGCCGCCGCCGCCGCCGCCGUUCCACCGCAAGGCUGCCCCGCUGUCUCCCUUCCCGAUAGGGAUGCCCAUGCAGAAUGGGCUUGCAAGUAGCUUGCCAGCUGAGGUACACAGCCACACCCACAGUCCCUCUGAAACCAUCCCCCAACCUGUGCAACCCAUGCCAGAACCCCUCCCCGCUCUCCACCCCUCAGCAUCUCCCGGCCCUCCUCCCCCCGCCCUCCAGAAUCACAAGUACAGCACCACCACUUCUACCUCAUACCCACUGCUUGCAAACCUGACCAUCAAAACCGAGCCUAAAGAUUUUUGCAAUAUCAAUCUGCUCGAGGAGUUGCCUCUGCAAGAGCCUCCGUCACCUCACAAGCUCAACCCAGGUUUUGACCUGGCCAAGGCCAGUGCUGGUAAGAUCAGCCUGCCCAAAGAGCUGUCCGCAGAUGCUGUGAACCUGACCAUACCUGCCUCUUUGGAUAUCUCCCCUAUUUUGGGCUUCUGGCAGCUGCCCCCUCCUGCUACCCAAAAUGCCUUUGGGAAUAGCACUCUCACCCUAGGGCCUGGGGAAGCCCUGCCCCACAGAUUGAGCUGCCUGGGGCAACAGCAGCAAGAGUCCCCACUCACCAUGGGCACGAUGAGCCUGGGUCAGCUCCCCCUGCCCGCCAUCCCCCAUGUGUUCUCUGCUGCCACUGGCCCUGCCAUCCUACAGGAAUUCAUGGAGUAG